AUGGAAAACCCCGCAUUGCCAUCUACAGAGGCUUUUGUUGACCUCACCCUCUUGAAUGGGGGUAGUAUGGUGGGGUCGAAGCAUCUUCUUCAUGCUGGAGACUCACCUGCUGAUUUUCGCCUUUAUAACUGGGCAUUUUUAAUACAACAUCCAUCAUCCAAUCGCCGAGUUCUCUGGGAUGUAGGGAUGACAUCGAAAGAAGAUGAUUAUCCGCCAGUUAUUACUAAAAAGUUCAUCGGACCUCACCAUGUCGCUGGACCAGUCGAAUCUCUUGCCGAACAAAUUAAACGUCGGCGCGAAAUUGAUGCAGAGGAGAUAGAUACUGUUGUUAUGAGUCAUGCACAUUUUGAUCACUGUCGCCCUGUUAAGAGGGAAUUUAAAAAUGCAAAGGUUUUGUUCGGGCCUGGCACAGCUGAGCAUUGUUCUCCUGGUCAUUUGGAGGAUCCCACAUCGAUGUGGGAUGGUCGGAUUUUUGAUCCUAGGCAAGGAACUGAAAAUUGGGACACGCUGACGGGACCUUGGGUAAAGUUCGGAGCAUUUGAUGAGGCAAUGGACUUUUUCGGAGACCAGAGUUUUUGGAUUAUGAAGUCUCCCGGCCACAUGCCAGGCAAUCUAUCUGCUUGCGUGCGACUGAAUGGAGGCGAAUGGAGCCACAGUGAACUGUUGGACGGAACGAAGGAGCCUGCUACCCUGUCAUUACCCGAUGGGACUACGUUCAGUCUUCAUGCCGACUUGCCUACGGCAAAGGAGACAAUCAGUCGCAUUCAAACUAUGGAGAGAGAUCUCAAGGUCCAUAUUUCAUUGGCGCAUGAUGCUGACUGGAUGCUAGAAGAAAAGGACGAGGUCUUGCUGCAGUUGCUUGAUGAACCAUUUAAGAGCGACAUGCGCCGUGCCUUACCGCAUCAUCUACCCUUUUAG